GGCCGGGCAGGGGACGGUGUGUCCCUGUGUGUCCCCGCACACGCCCCGGGAGCCGGCACGCAGGCGGGGUAGUGGCCGCCGCUGCACUCAGAAGCAGGCCUGGCUGCCUAUCAUGAGUGCAAGAAGUGGAGAAACUACAAUUUUGGUAUUCUAGUCUUAUUUUAAAUUAUUUUGGCACUGGGAGGCUGAAUAUUCUCCCUCUGCAGUCAUAUCAGAUUUGUGUAAGGCUUUGUAAAACUGUUGCCCAAAAGAUGAACGUGGAGACGCAGCUAGAUCCCAUGAAGGAUGACUUGCCCUUAAUGGCAAACACUAGCUACAUGCUUGUAAAGCACUAUGUAUUGGACUUGGAUGUGGAUUUUAAAAAUAAAGUUAUUGAAGGCAACAUAGUUUUGUUCUUUGAGCCUGGGAGCUGGUACAUGAAGACCAGCAGUGCUGGCAAAGACUGCUGCCAGUCACAGUUUGAUGAAACCUGUAGAAUGGGGGCAUGUGAACCCUACCACAUUCCUAUGAUAAAUGUGAGUACUUGUUCAUCUGAAACGGAGUAUGAUUUUGCUGUCAGUGGUAAAGAAGAAGCUACUUCUGAUGAAAACAGUAACCAUAGCAACAAUGAACAGGCUUCUGGGAUUUCUAGUUCAAAGGACUGCUGUGACAUAGAGAAUCAUGGAAACAAGGAUUUUCUGCUGAUAUUGGAUUGCUGUGAUUUAUCUGUGCUAAAGGUUGAAGAGGUAGAUGUUGCUGCUGUGUCAGGCAUUGAAAAAUAUACAAGGUCUGCCAAGCUAACUGGUGUUUCAAAGAAGCUGGAAAAUCUCAGGAAUCAGAUUGUACAUGAACUUGUGACUUUACCUGCAGAUCGCUGGAAGGAACAGCUAUGCUAUUUUACUCACUGUAGCCAGGCACCUGGCUGUGGGGAGCUUCUGUUUAGUACAAGCACCUGGAGCUUGGAGAUAAGGAAAUUAGGAACUCAGACUCCAGCAGACUUUCCUCAUGCAAUAAGAAUAUGGUACAAAACCAAACCAGAGGGAAGAUCUGUUACAUGGACUACAGACCAGAGUGGCAGGCCAUGUGUUUAUACAAUGGGAUCACCAAUAAACAACAGAGCCCUCUUCCCAUGCCAAGAACCACCCAUUGCCUUGUCAACAUGGCAAGCCUCAGUCCGAACAGCUGCGGGCUUUGUUGUAUUAAUGAGUGGUGAAAACUCAGCAGAACCAGUCCAACUUCAAGAAGGUAUCUUGAGCUGGUACUACUAUGUGUCUAUGCCAAUGCCAGCAUCCACCUUCACUAUUGCUGUGGGGUGCUGGCAGGAAGUUAAACAGCAGUCCUUCAAACAAACAACUGCUACUGAAACAAACGCUGAGUUUUCCUUGCCAUCAUCACAAACUGAUUUCAGAUGGCAUGAAGAAAUCUGUGGUCAUGUGGAAUAUCCCUGCCGUUUCCAAAAUCCUGCUGCCAGGUUGCAGGCAGUCAUUCCUUAUAGAGUCUUUGCUCCCUGGUGCCUUAUGGAAAGCUGCGAAGAAUAUUUGCUUCAGCUAAUUCCUCAGUGCCUCUCAGCUGCUUAUGCCACACUGGGUACCCACCCCUUUUCCAGGCUUGAUGUUCUGAUAGUUCCUUCCAACUUUUCCAGCCUGGGAAUGGCUAGCCCACACAUCAUUUUUCUGUCACAAAGUGUACUGCCAGGAGGAAGCCAUCUGUGUGGAACACGUCUGUGCCACGAAAUUGCUCAUGCUUGGUUUGGACUGGCCAUUGGUGCUCGUGAUUGGACGGAAGAGUGGAUAAGUGAAGGGUUUGCUACUUUUUUAGAAGAUGUAUUUUGGGCUAGGGCGCAACAGCUGUCACAGGAUGAAAUAAAAGGGCAACAGGAGUUGAAAGCUUUGCUUCGCUGGCGCCGACUCAGAGAUGAGGUGCAAAACUCUGAACAAGAGCUGCAAGUUUUAAGGCCCAAAAGGGAGAGCACAGGAGAACUGAGUGAGUCUGGAGCCUCUGUUGUCAAAUAUGGUCUUAAAGCAGAAAAAAUAUUCAUGCAGGUUCACUAUUUGAAGGGUUAUUUUCUUUUGCGAUCUCUGGCAAGGACAAUAGGAGAAGUGUCAUACCUUACAUCUUUACGGAAAUUUGUUGUUAAGUUCCAUGGGCAGCUUGUUCUUUCUCAGGAUUUUCUUAGCAUGCUGUUGGAAGACAUUCCUAAACAAAAAGGGUCUGGGUUAACUGUAGAAAGUAUUUUCCAGAACUGGCUGGAUACUUCUGGAAUACCAAAGCCCCUGGUGGAGGAGGGAGAGACGUGGAAGGAGUGUCAGCUCGUUCAGCAAGUGAGCGGCGAGGUCACAAAAUGGAUUCAGACAAACCAGAGGAUCAGAAAAAGCCGCAAAAAGAAAAUUAAGCAGGAUGAAGUUGUUUUCCAGCAGCUUCUCCCUGACCAGCUGGUCUUACUUCUGGAGUACCUCUUGGAGGAGAAGACAUUGUGUCCUAGAAUAUUGCAAUACUUGGAGAGAACAUACCAUCUCCGGGCACAGGAUGCUGAGGUUCGUCAUCGGUGGUGUGAACUUGUCAUUAAACACAAAUAUGAGCCUGGGUAUAGAGACAUUGAGAGAUUCCUCAGAGAGGAUCAGGCUAUGGGUGUGUAUCUCUAUGGUGAAUUAAUGGUGAAUGAAGAUGCAAAACAACAAGAACUUGCACGGAAGUGUUUUGCUGCAGCACAAGAACAUAUGGAUCCAUCCUCAGCCAAAGUGGUGGCAGAGAUGUUAUUCUGAAAAGGUGAUUCUUCAUUUUAAUCCUAACACUUUGAUUUCGCUUCAUAUAAAAAGGAUAUGCAGAGCUCACUGAAUGUGGUAAACUUUGGCAUACCAUACCGUUUGUGGCUACUUAGGCUGAGAAAUAACUCUUGUUACGUAUCUUGUUGGCUUGGUUUUUUUUCUUUUUCUUAAGCCCAGCUGCGGGAGCAGUGAGUUACGUACACGUAGGCAUAGCUGGAGAACGUGGAGAAUGGCUUUGUUGUAAAGGACUGUACAAGAGGCAACUGUAAGUCCAAAUGGCCAGAGAAGGCCAGGCACUGCAUACAGUUGUUUCCCAUUCUGUAUUCUUAACUCUGCUUACAAAAAUUUCAAUUGUGCAAGGAGUGCUUCUCUUUAAUAGAGCUGCAUGUUUACUUGGCAGGCAGCACAGUCUUUGAAAAGAGCCUGAUUCCAUAGUGGAAAUACGAAACUGUGGACUUGGAAGCAAAUAGGAAUCAUGUGAGAACAAGCUGAUAAGUCAAAUGUUUUUUUGUUAAGGUUAUUGAGGUUUUGAAGUUUGAUUAUGAGGUAAGAAAAGUAGCCUUAACAUGAAGAAGCUUGUUUGUGAAAUUAUAUGUGGAGAAUCACCAGAAAAGAAGUAGAAUUGCAAAAAUAUUUAUGGAAUAAAGAUUCCUGUAGGCUAUAAAUUUGUAAAGAUACUUUCCAAUUCUCUCUCUGAACAGUUGGAUGUAGCCUUACAGUGUCUGCACAUGCAUGUUUAACAUAUAACCCACUAAGAUUUCUAUGAAAGUUUCCUCUACUACAGGAUACCUCAGAUUUUGGUUAAUCAUAUAACUCAUCCAACAGACUGAUUGCCUUGGUUGUUCACAAAACUUUACAGCUGAUUUGUGGUACCAAGAUUCAAGCUUCUAAUUUAGCAAAAACAUUGUCACCUUACUGCUAUGAAGCAAAAAUCUUAAUUUUCUCCUGUUCUAGCAGUAUUUGACUCUGACUUCUUCUUGAUUUUGUAGUGCUUUUGCUAUGUUUGUAUGAAAUACAGCUAAUGACAGAUACUGUGAAGCAAAUUUGAUUAUGAAAAGCCAUGUUGUUCUUCUAUACAGACGAGAACUGUACCUGCCAAGAAAACUUUUUUGGGAAAGGUGGAUCAGACUGUAGAGUGGCAGGGUAUCAGUUUUGGGGUAGGAGAGACACCUUUUAAAAUAGUCAGAGCUAAAGAGACUUUCUUGUGCACUCCCAAUUAUCAAGAACUCACAAGGAAUUUGAGUUAUGUUCAACAGUUCUUAAUCUGGUACGUGUUUUCGAGUGUCUGAAGGCCAGAAACAUUAAAAUCAAAAAUUUUACGAGCUUCUGGGGAUAAGUGUCUAGCACAGGAAAAUUACAUGAUAAUGCAGGUGUUAGCAGUAAUCUAGAAUUAUUCCUUUGACUUUGCAGACAAUGGAAGUGUAUGGUGAGCUUUAACGUAAAAUCUACUGAGUACAAUAUUCUGUGUGACUACACAGCUUUCUUUUAAUGUUAUGGCUGUUUGGGUUCCUGGCAUGAUGAUUUGUGAGUUAAGAUUAAAAUCACAUUGCCAGGGAUUACCACGCAGCCAUGACCACAGCUGCUAGCAUGAAACUCACUAUUGAUGGUCUGAUGUCUGCACAGCGCGGAAUCCUCUCCAUCUAUCAAACAAACAAACAAACAAACCACACACACACACACACCCCCCCGCCCCACACACACACACACACACACAAAAAAAAAAAAAAAAAAAAAAAGAGAGAGAGAGAAACAAACUCCCAGCAGCAGAGCAUCACAGAAGAACCUCCUCCAAAAACUAUCUCUGCUGAGACUGAGAUCUCUGGCGAGGUGCAGAGCUUAGCUGAUUGGUGAACAGUGAUUGUUUUCCUCUUUGUUCACAGUGGCUAAGUUCUGCACCUGAAGAGAUGGGAGAGGAGACUCUCUGCAGGGCAGAGGGUGUUGCUGGCUGAGAUCCCUUGCUGCUGAAUGGGCAGAUUUGCGAUGAAUGCAUGUGUCUGAGGUUCAGUGUGGAAGGGUAAGAGGCAGAGGCAACCUGGGAAGGACUUUCAGUUUUAGUUGAGGAUAAACAGUGCUCCUUAAGUUCUCAGUCUGAUUGCAAAUGUAAGGCAUUGCCUCCAGUAAUUUGGCUACCAUGCUUUCGUAAAGGUCAGAGGAAAUAAUGUUUGUGACUUUAACCUGAAAUUGUCAAUAAAGCUUUUGUUUUAUAGUCUUCUCUUUAA